ACCUCGAUAUGAAAAGAAGUGUGGGAAGCUUGAGGGGAUUCAGUAUUGAAGAUGGCCUCAAACGAAGAAUACAUAAGAAAAAAUAAAGUGGUAAUAGUUGACGAUGAUAAAAAUACGAAGCUUCACUACGCGGCCGCAUUGGGUAAUUUAGAAGAAAUCGAGAAAAUUGUGGCGAAAAAACAGAAACUUGACCCUGAAAAUUAUCUUGGUUGGACUCCGCUGAUGAUGGCUGUGAGAAAUUCGAAUGCGAAGGCGGUGGACUUGCUUUUGAGCCAUGGCGCCGACACGACAAAACAAAACAAAUUUGGCAUGAGUGUUUUUUUAAUGAGUGUGGCAAGUGGUGACCUUGACAUGGUUGAGCGUCUUUUAAACCACCUCCUCUGGGGGGGAGUCUCCCGACAAGUUUUGGAGAAAACCCUUUCUCCACUUUCUUUGGCUAUUUUAUUCGGACAUGAGCGCAUUCUCAAGUACUUGCUGGAGCGUCGUUUCGACCCAAACGCGGCGACGCCUCUCACAGCAAUCACUCCUGCGAUGUUCGCCGUGGCUGUGGCCAAUAACAAGGCCAUGAAACGCUUGCUGUUAUACAAUGCCGACACAUCACUGAAAAAUUGUUUGGGCAAAACGGCCUCAGACAUUGCACAAACACGCCACAAGAAAAUUGAUAUUGCCCCCACGAAGCAGGCACCAAACCUUCCAGUUUUUGUGAUCAGUCCUCACACCCCAAACUCGCCCGUUUUCCAGGUGGCGCCCAACUUUGGCCAUUUGAGGAAAUCUUCAAAUACUUUAACUCCAAAUACUCCCAACUUUCUGUGUGCUAAUAUUACCCCAAUUGCCCCAAUGGGGCCCCAGAUGAUGCCGCAGGUGUUUUUCCCGCCGAAUUUCUCGCUCAGCAAUUUUGCAAGUCCAAUGGGGGCUUACGAUUCCUCGAAUCACAGCUUUUUUAACGCCACGAUGACUCCGUCAACUAUGUUUUUCUCGCCUUUUGCGUGAUUUGAUACGAUUUUAAAUGUGAUGUUUACGGUUUUAUUACUACUUUUGUGCUUUUUAAUAUUUUACACUGACUUUUCAAUAAAAUAAAAUUUUCGACUAGUA